CUUUAGCUCCCUUUCUUGAAUUCAAAGCCUCCUUCUCCAUAUGACAAGCAAAGAACAAAGCUAUCAUGGCCUAUCUAAACAUAUAAGCUAAAAACCUCGGCCUUAUCUUCUGAACUCAAUAAGAGGAACUUCAUCGUUCACCGGCGGCCAACGACAACAAUGAAGCCGAUCGCCUCCUUUCUCCUAGCUCUCAAUUUUUGCAUGUAUGUCAUAGUUGCAGCUCUCGGAGGGUGGGCACUCAACAGAGCAAUUGAUUAUGGCUUCAUAAUAGGUUCAGAGCUCCAACUCCCGGCAUACUUCACUCCGAUAUUCUUCCCGAUAGGGAACGCAGCCACCGGUUUUUUCGUGGUAUUUGCAUUGAUAGCCAGUGUCGUGGGGGCCGCCUCAGCGAUAGCUGGAGUCCACCACCUCCGGCUGUGGAAUUAUGACAGCAGGCAGUCUGCAGCCUCUUCUGCUAUUAUGGCAUGGACUCUCACCCUUCUUGCAAUGGGAUUGGCUUGCAAGGAGAUUGAUUUGGAGGGAAGAAACGCAAAGCUGAGAACAAUGGAGGCAUUUCUGAUCAUUCUUUCGGCAACUCAGUUUGUGUACAUCCUUGCUGUACACGGGCCGGGCACAUCCGCAACAAUGAGGACCUGAUUCCACAGAAUUUAUUCAUUAAUUUGUUUCUUCUUUUUCUCCCCCUUGUCCGUGUGCUCGGAGUGAAAACAGGGGGAAUGAAGAUGGCGAUCGGUGAUUGUUUGUGACUGAGAGAGCGAUUGAUUGUGAGCGUGUUUUAAUGGUGUGGUUUACUUUCUUUCGUAGGUGAUCCAUUCUGAAAGUUGCUCAGUGUCGUUGCUUGAGGUACCUAAACUGAAUUCGUUAAAGCGGAACUUUUUUGGCUUGACAAAAAUAAUAUUUGCAACAGGGUGUUGUG